AUGGCCAAUCGCAUGUGCUCAUCGGCCAGCCCCCCGUUAUCAAGUGGCCGGCCAACAUCGGGUGUUUUAGCAGAUGACUGUACUCUCGACACCGUCAGUAGCCAAGGGGCGCGCGUUUCAAAGCACUCUCGUGGUAGUGCAUCACGCACGGAAAAGUUUCGCCGCAGGGAAAGCUCUCGAACACUAAGGGGUCAUCGAUUAUCCGCCUCCCAGCAGUUAGCGAACUAUGCCGAUGCCAGUGAAUUGGCAUCGGGGAAACCUAUCGGCACAAAUUUCUCGUUGACAAAAGAACCUGCUUAUGCCAAUUAUGAUUUGGACACACGACCAGGGUUUCGGAGGUUUCAUUCGGAUCCCAAUGCAGUUCCAAGUUCAGCCAAUGAGAAGAUCGGGGGCGAUGAAAGCAUGGAGGAUUUACCACCAAAAAGGGGGCUUGAGCCAAUCAACGGUCAAUCGCCUCCCAAGAACGCACCAUUUACAAGGACGGAAUAUCAUGAAAUGUUUAGACAGCCUGAGACCAAUCCGAUUACCGAAGAGCAGUUGAUUAAUGAGGUACGGGGCAUCUAUGCAGGGCUAGUGAUGGUCGAAAAGAAAUGCAUCGAGAUCGACAAGCAGCAGACCGAGUCCAAGGCAGAGUUAUCGGGGUCUCAGUGGCAAGCACUCAUUUCCUUGCAUCGAACCCUGCUUUACGAACACCAUGACUUCUUCCUCGCAUCACAGCAUCCAUCAGCGAGCCUCGUGUUGAAAAGACUUGCCGAUAAGUAUGCUAUGCCUGCCCGAAUGUGGCGCUAUGGUAUCCAUUCAUUCCUAGAGCUUCUUCGCCAAAAACUUCCAGAGUCAUUAGACUAUAUGCUCAACUUCAUCAAUUUAGCAUAUUCUAUGAUGACUCUGCUCCUGGAAAGCGUCUCUGCGUUCCGAGACACCUGGAUCGAAUGUCUUGGCGAUUUAGCACGGUAUCGCAUGGCAGUGGAAGAGUCUGAUAUGCGAGACCGCGAAGUUUGGGCUGGCGUGUCGCGGUACUGGUAUAACCAAGAUGCAGACCGGAAUCCCGAUGUCGGUAGAAUCCAGCACCAUCUAGCUGUGCUUGCUCGUCCGGACGUUUUGCAGCAGCUAUUCUACUACACCAAGGCUCUGGUUAGUGUGCGUCCGUUUCCCAAUGCACGCGAGAGCGUUAUACUCCUCUUCAAUCCUUAUAAUGGUCAACCGCUUCAUCAACUUACAAUGGUGACUGCCUUUAUUGCUACGCACGGUGUGCUAUUUACUCGAGGCCCGACUGAACAGUUCAUCAUCUUGGCAAAUCAUUUCCUGGCUCUUCUGCGCCGAGAAAUCCGCCGGCUUAGUCGACAGGGACAGCAGGGUGUCUAUAUGAUGUCUUGUAACUUUGCUUCCAUGCUUCAGUAUGGCGAGCCGGAGGCAGUCAUGGCGAUGGAAUUUUCAAAGCAACGCGAAAUCGAGACUGUUGACGAGGCGCACGCCUUUGCUUUGGAAUGGACUCGCGGUAGCGACAACGCAGGACCGAGUAGCGAAUCGGCGACUGUGACUAUAGAUCGAAUUUCGACUCAAAUGGCGUUCCAAGGAAGCUGCCUUGCCUUUCAUACUCUAGCCGUUCUGCUUGAUCAAAUGGGCGACCCUAACAUCUACCCAAGUGUCCAUACUUCUUUGGCCUUUAUCUGGUGCUUAGCGCUUCACCCGCCAGCUAUGCAACAGCUCGAGCAAAUGAUUCCCUGGCCGGCCAUAGCCCAAUUCCUCAACACCCUGUUUCGCCCCGAUACUAUAGUCGCAAAAGUCGAACACGCUUCAUUCCCUCUAUUCAAUGAUGGAACAAUUCAGCAGCUGCCUGAAGAUUUCCUUAUUCACGGGCAGGCAUGGAGUCAGCUAUAUUAUCCCGAAAAGUUCUUUGAAGGUGCUCCAUCAGAAGACGAAAGACCAAUUAUCGAAGAUCCCUCCGCUGCCAUACCUAGGAGACAUCGGUGUUUGUGGCUUGGAGCGAAGAUAGCAACGUUCAAUCGCUGGAUGGCUUAUACUUCAAUCCGAAGAUUUGAGGCGACUCAACUCGCACGCGAAUUUGCACAAACUGCAGGAAGCUGUGGUGGACUCAACAGUCAAGCACUGGUCGCGAAUUCAUCCCAUGUCGAUAUUGAGAUGAGUGGUGCAUGA